AACUACAAACCCCAAAAUGCAACGGGAGGAGUCAGCCAGAGCGAUAUUAACCCUAUUGGAACAAGGCCUCCCUCCUUCCUGAGCCUAGAGGGCAGUGUGGCCUCAGCGCCAGGAGAGGCGGAGCGGCUGAGGCGAAGCGAGGCGUGUUGACAUCAGUUCCUCCUCAGAGUCGGAGGGAGAAAGACGGCGAAGGAGUCUCGUUGUUGUUCCCCCUCAGAAAUGCCUCCAGUCAGGAGCCGGGAGGGCGGUGGUUGCUGCUGCUGCUGCGGUUGCUUCCCUGAGGGAGACGGGGAAUAACUCCCACGACGCCGACGCCGACGCCGCCAUUAUCCCCUUUCUUGUGGGCAUGAGCAGCCCAGCAGGGGGCAGCGUCGGGGGUCGCCCUGGAGGAGCCCCCCGGGUCUCGGUCAAGAUGGAAGCAGCCGCGGCCCCUUUCUUCCACCCCGAGGAAGGGCUGGAGCUGCUCCCGGGCUUCGUCCAGCUCCCAGGCUUCGUGGAAGGAGCCCCCGAGGAGGAAGAGGAGGAGGACGAGGAGGAGCUGGUGGCAGAGAGGAAGAAGGGCCCCUUCUCCGCCCCUUCGAUGCGAGGCCCCUCGGGGGUGGUCCUCCAGCCCCCUCUCCUCAAGCUGCCCCCGGCCACCGACUUGGAGCAGCUCCUCAUCCCCUCCAGCCCCACCGCCCCCUCAGGCAACGCUCCCGGGGGGGCCUUCUUAUACAGGGCCCCUGCUCCUCCUCCACCUUCCUCUUCGUCCUCCGCAGCCCAGGUCACCCAGGAGCAGGAAGGGUUCGCAGACGGAUUCGUCAAGGCCUUGGCAAACCUACAUAAACAGAACCAGCUUUUGGGGGUCCCGCCUCCGCCGCCGCCUCCGGCCCCACUUUCACCUGCACAACCGCACCCUUGUUGCCCCCCUGCGAGGCAACCGGAGCCCCCCGCUAUCUACACCACUCUGGGGGGAUACAACCCCGGGAGCCCCGCCGGCGCAGGGGCUUUCUACGGACGGCCUUUGGAGGAGCCGCAGACAGUGCCGGAGACGCCGGGGGUAGGGGUCUCUGUGGGCCCUCCGUCGGCGCUUUCCUCCGGAGAGUCACCACCGCCGCCGCAGCAACACCCUCCGCCACUGUCGUCGUCUUCGUUGUCCCCCCUCGACGCUGAGAGCCAAGAGCGGCUCAAAGCGGAACGGAAGCGGCUUCGGAACCGGAUCGCGGCCUCCAAGUGUCGGCGGCGCAAACUGGAGCGUAUCGCCCGCCUGGAAGAGAAGGUCAAGGCCCUGAAGGGGCAGAACGCUGAGCUGGCGGCCACCGCCAGCCUCCUCCGGGCGCAGGUCACCCAGCUCCAAGGAAGGGUCCGGAGCCACCUGUCCAGCGGGUGCCACAUCAACGCCGCGGCCCCAGCCCCAUCGUCGUUGUCAUCUCAGACCUCAGGGGUGGUAGGGGUCCAGCCCCCCUGCAGGGAAGGACCCCCUGAACCAGAGAGCAGCACCUGCUGAAGAAUCCCUUCUGUUGGGGAAGAGAUCCAAGCUCCCCUUGCCUCAUCUGAUGGAGGGAGGGAUGGAGGAGGAGGACCACCACUUGGCCUAGGAUGCGGAGAAGGACCAGAGCCACCUUCUGAAGUCCCAUCCUCCUUGGCCCUUGAGGGGAGCCUCCACUUACCUGCGAAGUUGUGGGAGGCAGGGGAGGAGAGGUAUCUGGACCCCACACACAACCCUCUCUGCACCUUCUUACUCGCUCCCUCCAGGAGGUCACAAGAGACCCCUCUAGUUGGCCAGAUGGAGACAGAAACUUUGGUUAGCCAGAGACAGAACUUGGUUAGCCAGAGAGGGAAACUUAGAGACAGAAGCUUGGUUAGCCAGAGAUAGAAACCUGGGUUAGCUGUAGACAGAAACUUGGUUAGCCAGACACAGAAAUUCGGUAUCAUUUCUUUGGGGAGGAGAUUAGCAGUCUCUGGUCUUCAAGGGUACAAAAGAAGAGAUUGAUUGAGAGUAAUAAUCUCUGGGCCUUGAUGGGCAAAAGACAUUAUUUUAUUUUACAAGUAGGGGUGUGUCAUCCAUUCCAGAAAGAACAAGAGCAUCCUCAAUAGUGAUAUCUUUAUGGGGCUGACAAAAAAUGUACAAAACACAGGUCGUAACCUUUCAAAGCUCCUCUGGCUUCUUCAUCAGGUGUUUAAAAAAGGAGGAAAAACAGAAGGAUUUUUAAAAAACAGAUGGAUGGUAGUCCCAAACCUGCAUUUUGUCAAGAUGUGUCUGUUCUCGGUUCAAGUGGUAAUGGAGGGAUAUUCAUACAAGCCGGCCCUUCCUCCUGGCCAUGUAGGACCUCCAGGAAAUAACAAAAAUUUAAGUUCCAUUAGCAAGGCAAAAAGAGAUGCUCUUCUUGAGAUCUAAGUUGUUUCUGUCCUUUGGGAAGCUACAAGCAACUCUUUCCACAUACUGCUCAUUCAUCAAUCAAACUGCAAUCUUUUCCAGCAUCUCCAAGAAAUCCUUUGGGUUUCCUGACAGCUCAAAUAAUCAAAGUGACACUGAAGUGGUUGAUAACCAUAUUGUGGUGAUGGUAGUGUGUUCUAUUUCUUUGCAACCAGCAAAUGUAAACAUUUCCAGGGGGAAAGUUGGGGUGCUGAUGUCAAGCGAUACCCAAUGGAUGCCAUUCUAAUAGCUAUAUCAGUGUAAAUUCUGCAGCUUGGCAUCUUGGAAAAAAGCUCCAAUUUGAAAAUGUGGUCGCUGUCUUUCAUUGCCUGCCUUGAAAAUACUUAUAAUGGGAAAGCUUUGCUGAUCAGACACACAAGAAAUUGCUUAUUGUUUCUGAAAGUCCAAAGCUUGUUUCGGAAGUCCCACCUGAGCUAAUGGUCUGAGUAGAAGUUAUCUUUAUUGAAGACUUUACAUUUUAGAGAGCCUUCAAUUUUAUGCUUUUUUUAAGUGGAAGGUGGGUAGAUGAUAAAAGUGUUUGUGGGGGGAGGAAAUUCCUUUUGCAAAAAUUACCAGGGAUUGUUGAAAACCCCAGUAUUUGGAGGGCUGCAGUCUUAUUUAUUUCUAUUUUUUAAAAAUAUAAAGGAGUAUAUUUCUGAAGACAGGGUGUUCAGUGUCUGAUAAGGCACUUCUAUAUCAUGCAUAUUGCUAAGCUUUUCAAUAGAUCGUUAAUAUUUUUUAGAGAUAGCAGUCUCUGCAGUUUUGCAUUUGGGUAGUUUUGUGAAACGGUCUAAGAGUUCUCUAUCUAAUCCGGGGCUAAAUCAGCCUAGUGUACAGAGAGAUGUGUUAUUUUCCUGCUGUAGGUGUUUUCUAAAGUUGCCCAAGGCUUGAGACCCAGUGUUUCAAACUUUUAGGAAUCGCCUGUAUAUGUUAUAGAAGAUGUGGCAGGGCAGUUUUUCCAUGUGGAAAGCCUGAAAGUGAUAAGCUGCAGUGAGACUGUUUCAGACUGAAGCCGCAUUUCGGUUUUCUGGCUUUGUUUCCUAAGAACGAGGACUGCUAACGUUCAGCAGCAGAAAUGGGUGUGCCAUAUAAAUAAUAUUUAUUUAACAGUCUGUGUUGUUUGAAAAUGUUUUUCCCCCCCUUUAGAUUUAUAAGCUUUGUGUGUUUGUGCGCACGCACCAGCACAACUGUGGGGAGCUUUUAGGCUUAUUUAUUGACAUUUUAGAAUGCCCCCUUUUUAUUUUUAUAACAUUCAAGAUGGGUUUUUUUUAAAUGGUUUUCAAAGAAUUGGUAUCAGUCGUUUUAUCCUUCACGGCGUACAUUCCAGCUUAGAUCGCUCUCUCUCUUUGUGGAGUUACGGUGACUUUUGUGCUAUGCAGAAAAAGGCUCAGAUUGGCUUUUUCAGGACUAAACACAAUUCUAUUGUAAUAUGUUUUGAAUAACUCACAGAAGUGUGGAUAAUUGUAUUUUUUCAGAAGAACUGCAUAUAAGCUAUUUUCUUGUUGUCUCAGUUGUAAAGUAUUCUAUAGUUCUCAGGUGGGAGGGGGAAAGGGAAAUUUUAGCGUCGUUUUAAGAAGCAGUUGGGUUGAAAGCUCUGGCUGGGUUUUAAUUUAAAGCAGAAUCAGAAAAGGAACUGUUGCCUGUAAUAUGGUUUAACCGAGAGUUUAGACGGUAUUCUGCACAUCUCUAACAAAGUGUGUCAAGCAUGAUGUCCCUCCUCCCACUUCAUUCUAUAGACGUUUCUCCAAAAGCAGUUUUAUUACGUCCUGUGAUUUGUGUCCAGUUUUCCCUCUAAAGCAGCGGUUCUCAACCUGUGGGUUGUGAUUCCUUUGCGGGUCGAACAAUCCUUUCACAGGGGUCACCUAAGACCUUCGGAAAACACAUAUUUCCAAUAGUCUUAGGAACCAAGACACCGCAAUUUUAUGGUUGGGGAGGUCACCACAACAUGAGGAACUGUAUUAAAGGGUUUUGGCAUUAGGAAGGUUGAGAUUGCUCUAAAGGUUCAUGCAAGUCCUUGCUUGAAAAUAUGCAGAAAGAGCCUGUGGCUGAGUGGAUGCAUAUUUUAUAAGGCAGUACAGUACACAGGCAAAAGAUAUAUUUGAAACAAAUACAUUAAUUAUAUUAUCCUGUUUCUAAGUCUGUCAGAGAUUUGAUGUACUUUCCAAAAGAACUCAUAGCUAAGCUCUGUUUUUUUACUAGGAAUCAUAUCACUUGAAACAUGUCAAAUUAUUCAGCUGGGCUGUUUAGGAACAGAGAAGUAAAACUCUGUGAAGAAAAUCCAAGACACACUGAUCAGGGCAGCUUCUAUUAACUGAAAAUUAUUCAUUUAUACUAUUUUAAUUCUAAUUCGUUAAACAAAUCUUAAAUGUUGUUGUUUUUUGUAUCGCUUUUCUCAUUUGGGAGGGUAAGGUCCUCACUUCUAUAUUCAUUUUUCUUUCCUUCUGAGAAUAAACUGCAUUCAUUGUGUGGUUGGAAAAAGACAUUUUAAAAAUCCAAAUUGCAAAUUUCUAUAGAAGACAUCUAUAAAAGACAUGACUGGUUAUAUCAGCAUUGCUCUUUUUUUUUCCUUAUCCCUUUUUGCUGAUCCUGUUUGAUAGUUUUCUAAUUCAUAAUAUUUUCUUGUGGCCGGGAAGAAACGUUGAGGUUCAAAACAUAGGUUAAGUCUCAAAUGAAAGUGUAACAGGGGUGGUAACCUUCAUAGUCUUAAAUCUGAUACCUGAGCAGUGAUGCAAAGUAGAUAAUGAGUUAGAUUAAAAGACACCCCCCCUGAGUAGGACCAAAGCAGCUACUACAUUUUUAUACUGAGUCAAGAAGACUUGGUUAGCAUUCUGCUCUGUAUUAAAUCUCAGAAAACAAGCUUGGGCUUAGAGAAAUCCCUGUUCUUCCUUCUUAGAUGUGUCUGGAAGUUGAUUCAAACAGCAGUCUGUUAAUUUCUCUGAUAUGGAACAGAGUAACUAUAGUAUUACUAUAGUAUCUGAGUGGCUGGAACUCCUGACAAUUCUUUUUGCUUAAUCGUUAUGUCUGUUGCAAUUGACAAGACUGCAUCCUGCAUCAUUUGGGCCCAAAUCAUCUUGUGUUUCUGGAAAUAUCUGCAGUGUUGCUUGCCCUUUCCGUAGCCUUUUCUACUAGCCUUGCCAAUAGCAUUGCAUUCCCUGUCUUUUUCUCCAGUCAUCUUUCCAAAGUAUACUUUACAAAAUUCUCUGAACAUAAUUCACAUUGAACAUAGGUGGUUCCUUUUGUUUCAAUUUAUUGCUUAUGUAGCUUUAUAAUAGUAACAGCCCUGUAUCUUUGAAGUCCCUAUUUAAAGGUUGCAUCACUUGUGGCUGAAUAUUUUAAUUUCUCAUCAACCAAUAAUCUUUUUUCCUUCUUGUUCCCCAGGCUAAUGAGCAUUCAGACUCAUUCAAUGUUGUGGUUUGAAUCACCCACCCAUACAAUUCUGGGUGUGUCUUGGAAACACAAGUUAAUAUUUGAUUAAUCAUUCCUUUAAAGAGGUAUGUUUACCAACCUUUGUUCCUCUUUUCAGAUUCUUCUGUGCUCAUGAAUCCUUGUUGCAAAACUCUUGAGUUUUGGCUCUUUGUUUCUUGCACUUCAGGUAUUCCCUUUAUAUCAUUUUAAACAACACAAACACACACACACACAGAUUAAAAAAAAAACCUAGUCUUGAAUAUUACUCACCUGCCUCAGCUCUUCAUUAGGCAAAUAUCCCAUGCUUUCUGGUGAUGGAGGUGGUUCAAGUGAGAUCCCUUGUUGAUCUGACAUGAAGCCUUCUGACAGUGAAACAGGUUGUCCUUGUGGGCUUUGAAAUCUUUUUGAUAAGUAUUGGGAAUUGUUCAUUGGCAGCUGUCUUCCUUGUACAUUUGCACAGCCCAUAUGAACACUCAGGUGUUCACAUGGCUGUGUGGUUGAAGGGGCUGACUAAUUUGUUGCUAACUUGGUGAGUGAUGAUGUGUCACAACUCCUACCCGAUGCCUCUUUUAAACAUACUGAUGGGGUAGUUUUGGCUCUCCUGAAAGGCUUAAGUCAUUGGGUGGAAGCCUAAGUUCAGGUAUGGACUAACUUAUAUAUAUAGUUGGUAGGAUUUGAUGCAAAUGGUUCAUUUAAAAUUAUUUGUAGGCCGCUGUUAAGGGUGGCACUUGCUUUCAUAGCACGUGGGUGCUUCAGCUGUGAGAAAUGAAGGGUUGGCUUUAUGAUUUCAGCUAAGGUUAGAGAUGCUUUCCCUUUUUAACCAGUACUGAACUGUUUACAGGAGUGGAAGAUGCAGGUUGUGGUGUUUUUAAUUUGGAAGAACUUGAAAGCAGAUCAAUACUAAAAGACUUCUUAGGCACUGAGGCAAGAGCUAGCUAGAUCCAAGUACUUUUAAGUCCCACUGAUUUCAAUCUGAGGGAUUUAAACAUGUUGAAAUGAGUAGGGUAGAAUAACUUUCACCAGAACAUCCUCUGGCUUUUUAUAUUGCAGCCAGAAUGCAUUUUAAUAACUCUUUUCUAGGGAGGAAGGAGAUGUGAAGCUCACAUGGACACGAGGCAAGCUUAUUAUAAUUUUUUACUUUGGACCCAUUUUUCAUUAAACAGUGUUAAUACUGGUUAAGAAUGCUAUUGAAUAUUGAAAUUACCCUGGAAGAGAUGGCACAGCUCACUAGCUGCAUGUUUAAAAGUAUAAUCUCUGAUUGCUCAGUUUAACUGAGCCAACAUAUAUAGUAAAAAUCCUAUUUAGUAAUUUAUACUAUAAGCAGACACCUGUCUCUUUGAUGCACUUAUUUUUAUCACUAACCAUAAGUUAAAUGGUUAAAUGCAGAUGUUUCUAAUCCAACAUUUGGAUUCGGUCGUACAAAUAAUGACAUGCACCUGUUAUUUUUAAACAGUGUAGUGAAGUGGGAAGAUAAUUGUUUUUGAUCUAAGGUUCCAUAUUUUCUGUGAACACUUAAGUCUAGAAAUUUUGAGUUGGCAGGAUUCUUAUAAGGCAUUUGUGGGGUCAGCUGAAUGGUACUUCUAUUGGACUUGUGAAACUGGAAAACUUAAGAUGGAGGGAUAAGCUUGGAGAAAAUGCAUUGUUUAUUCAAGCUACCCAUAAAAUUUAGCUUGCUGUGUAUUUUCAUUCCAUUUCAUAAACGUUUUACAUGAUCAGGGUGUUAACCAGAGAACCUGUUAUGCUAGGUGAGACUGAUCCAUUUGAGACAGAAUCCCCGUUUUUGUUGCUUGUAAAGUUUGACACAGAGGAUAACAACUUGCUCUGGUCACAGAAUAAAGUCUGUUUUGUAAGGUACAAGGGAGUAUUAAUUUUUGUAUGCUAUCUGCUGCUCUACAUUUGUCAAGGAAGGCAAUGUUUAAUUCUGUUUUGCUUUCUAGCCAGAGUAAACCAGAGUAAGACCAAAUAAUCGAAAUAAUAAUAACAUGAAAGCUUAAUUUUGGAGGGAGGGGGUGAGAGCAAUUCUAGAUGAUCAUAAAAUAGCUAUACUAAAUUACCAUAUAGCUAUGCUUGAUUGAAAGAAAAUAAAGAUGGAUAGAAAUUGAAUGCAGAUGCUGGUGUUACUCUGAGCAAAGCAGAAAGCAUUUUUUAAAAGAAGGGCUUUGUCCUUGAGUCCCAUCGAACUUUUUAUUUAUUCGGAUUAGUCGGAAGUAAGGUUUGCUAUAUUGAAGGGAGUUUACUACCAUCCUUGAGUGUACAUGAAUGUCUUUACUAUCUAAAGACAGUAAGCCUUGAAUUUGUGGAACAAGUUCAACCAACUGUUAUACUUAUUAUUUAUAAUGAGCAAGUUAGUUUCUAAAUAUACUUCACACCCAUCCAUCAAAAAAUAUACUGUCAAUAAUGUUUAUGUAGUAAAGCAGGGGCAGGGGUCGGGGGGGGGGGGGGGAGGUCAAGAUGCGGUUAGGCUACAAUUCCAUUUAUCUCUGACCAUUUAUCAUGCUUUUGGAAGUGAUGGGAGUUGGAGUCUAACACCAUCUGGAAGGCUACAGGUUCCCCGUCACCAUACUUACAGGAACUGCCAUAGCUACAUAUAAAGGAAUAAAACUGGGCUCAGCCAGGAUAUCUGGAUUCAAAUCUCAGCUGUCAUGGUGAUCUUGGGCAAGUCAUUGCCUGUCAGUUUAACCAUUUCACAAAGUUCUUGAGGAUAAAAUGAGUACAUCUCAUGUACACCGCUUCACUGUUUUUGAGAGAAGGUUAAACCAAAGUAUGUGAAAGAGAACUAUGUAAGCCGUUCCUAAUAAGUUAGCGGACCAAAGUACAACAUUUCUUCUGCUGCUAAAUUUUUUUGAGAUGGCACACAUUUUGAAAAAUUGACCGAAUGCCAUGCAUUUCAAAUACAUUCCACCAAUUACAGUCAUUACAAAUAUACUUCUAAAUUAUUUGCAGAAGUAGCGUCAGUUUAAUUUCUUUGCAUUUGACAGUAUUGCAGCAAGAUUCUCAAUUGCUGUGCAAGCUUAAUUUUAAUUUGCAUAAAGAAAUCCAUCCAGGAGUUGCUAUAGAUACUACAUGACAAAUACCGGUAGUUCUAAAUAUCAUUCAAGGCAUUACAUGUUGGCAUUUUCCUGAAACGUUGCCUUCUCACAGCUUACGUUCUUGCAUAGUAGGUAGGUAGUAUGGCUCUCCUUCAGAAGUGGAAAGUUUACAGUAAGUUUUAGGACUAGACUCUUAAAGAGGGUACAGUUUUAUAAGAUUUAGCAAAAUCAGGUGUUAAAGCUUUUUAAGGAUUAUAUCAUUUCACAUUGCAUAUAGGCCAUUUCUUAACAUGCAUCCUGUAGGAGGCAAAGCAUUCUUCACCUUUAAAAGAUCUUGUAGGUUAGGCCAAAAGAUUAUGGCUGCCAAGGUGACUUCGUGAGAUAGGAUUGAAGCCUAAUCCAAGAUUAGCCACGUUGUUUAAUCUUGAAUAUGUAAGCACAACUGAUGAAUCUUGCUUAAUAUUAUUUAUUUGAUAUUUAUUUACAAUACUUGUAUACCGCUUGAUAAAGCAAAUCUCUUCUUGUUCCUGAAUUAACCCAUUUUGUCCUGUUUUCUUAAUGUUUGGACCUUACCUUUUCAGAAGAGAAAGUAGUUAGGCUUACAUAGAAGCUGCAUAGUGUGCAGUUUUGAGUGCUUGUGCUUCUCUUAACAUAAAAUUACCCUCUUUUUCCUCCCCUUUAUCAAAUAGGCCAGUGCUAACCAUGUGCAGUCUUUCAACAGAGGGAGUGUUCUUUUUUAUCUCUUAUUGAAAUUUUAGAAUAGUGAUCUGUGUGUCCUGGUUAAAAUCCUGGUGGUGCAGUAGUUAAAUGUCUGUACUGCAGCCACUCACUCACAAACCACAAGGUUGUGAGUUCAAUAUCAGCCGGGACUCUGUGUUGACUAAGCCUGGCAUCCUUCCGUUGGUCGCUCAAAUGAAUAUCCAGCUUGUUGGGGUCAGUUAGCUUACAUUUUGUAAACUAUUUAGUAAACUGCUUAUUGGCAAGCAGUAUAGAAAUGUUAUUGCUAUUGCUAAUUGCUGUUUCAUAAUUACGGGGGUUCAACCACCAGUGCAAAAAAGAGAUUUGAAAUUUCCCAAAGGGGAAACUAAAAUGUCAUAUGAAAUUGUAGUUGAGUCUAAAAAUCAAGGUUGGGAUGAGAGAUUUCUAGAUAGUCAACUGUGAUAUGUGUAUCUCUUGCUGGAUUUUGAUAAAGCCCACUGAGAAAUAGCUCUAAAAGCAGAAAGCUCCCCAUUUUAGAGGAGAAACCAUUUAAGAAAGAAUGAAACAUCUUGCUUGGGUUGGAUCCAAACUUAAGCUGCAUCUGCACCACAGAAAUAAGUCAGUCUGGCACCACUUUAACUGCCAUGACUCAGUGUUAUGGAAUCCUGGGAUUUGUAGUUUGUUGUGGCACCAGGAUUCUCUGACAGAAAGGUAGAUAUCUCCCAAAAUGACAAAUACCAGGAUUCCAUAGCAUCGAACCAUAGCAAUUAAAGCGGUGUCUGGUUGCAUUCCUUCUGCAAUGCAUUUAUAGCCUCAGUCAGCAAGAAGAGUAGGUCAAUUGAAGUCAGUUAGACUUUAGUCACUCCUACUGAGUUGGUCCCACUGUAAGUAAGACAAAGUUUGGAUGCAAUCUGGUGUUUGUGAUUUUUUUAAAAAAAAAAACUUGUAUAUGGUACUCUUUUAGAUAUUGCUUGUGGGCUAGGAUGGACUUCAAUGGAUGUGAAGACCAAAAGCUAGAAAGUGCUAUGUCGUGCCCCAGAAUUCAGGAGGAAGGUUGUAAUUACAUCUUCAGUCAUGUGCUUCCCACUCCCACCCCAGUUUCCAUUCAAGACAUUAAUGGAACCAUCUUGACAGGUUCACAAAAGCAGGUGUUUUUGGAAACCAAGUUUUGAAUGUCAAACAUCAUGUGUCACAUUUGUCCUCCAGGAGACAAGUUGAACUCAAGACUAGUUAUUAGAUGGAAGAUGAGUGAUCCAGUCACCGUGUGCAAUUGAAUAUAGGGAAACCAGGUUUCUAUGUGAAUCUGUGAACAUACACCUUUCAGACUAUGCCAGCCUGCUAUCUGUUGGCUGGUCUUUCAUCUUCAUGUUUAAAAUAUGAGUGAUGUUUUGAUUUAGUCCUAAAAAUUAAGUUGAAAAUUGUUUUUAUUUUUUAAAUAAACUGGGGGCUGGGUUUGUUUAAAUGGCAGAGGAUAGUCAUUGUAACUGACAUCUUCACUUACUCUUUUUAAGUAAGAGUCUCCACCCUGUUAUGGUUUAACUGCUGGUGAUUUUGUAGUGUUUACCUAAAGGCAUAGGACACUCACACUGAAAUGAAGUCAAGUGCUGUUUUAGUGCAAGUUCUGUAAUGAUGAUGCUACUUUAUUAUUUAUAGCAGAAUCUAAACUGGAGAUAAGCCCUGUACUUUUAAGAAGGAUACAGUAUAUGUCUUUCUACUGUACCAUUUACCUUCGGAGGCAAUCUUCAGUAAAGGCAGAAUGUUGAUACAAUUUCUUUAGUGUUAUCACAAGGUAGAAAGUACUCAAUUCAUUACUUUCAUAUUCAAUGUUUUAUAGCUGCCAAUUAGACUGCAUAACACACAGAUGGAGAAUUUGUGGCCUUCAGAUGUUGGACCUUGCAAGGUCCGUCAUCCAUCAUCAGUAGCUAUGCUAACUAAGGGAGAUAGGAAGAUGAAAGCAAAAAAUACCUUGAGGGUCACAAGUUGGUCACCCAACAAAACAGCCUCAUUCCAAAAAUUAAUGGGUCCUGGAGAGGGCAAAUUAGUUUCCAAAGAGGUGGCAGAGGAGUUGCUUCUCGACUGCCCAGUGCUGAGUUGUCUUGGCAUGACUCCAAAAUUAACAACCAUAUUAAAGAAGGAAUUAAGAGGAAAGAUCCUCUUACAAGUAGUUAAAGAAGAACAAGUUAUGAGAGUAAGAACAAAUGGCCAAUUGUCUCAGUGGAAGGAUGUGAACAGUAGGAUCUACAUUGGGACCAGAGGUGUGCGUUUUUAAGUUUGUUCACGUCUAGACUUGAGAAUUAGCAGUAAGAUCAAGGUUGCUGGUGACACAAAAUUAUUUAGAAUGGGAUCAAAAUGGGCUCCCAACUGUUGUCUCCAAACUGGGGGGGAAUAGAUAUUAAAAUGGCAAAUACAGCUCAGCAUAAGUAAAUCACAUUCAUGAUUUCUGCUUUGUAUUGUUGCUUUUCAGCAAGUUCUCAUGUUGAAAAAUUUGAAAGGGUAUGCAAUAUGGCACACACAAAACACAGGACUUAAUAAAAAUGCACCUGGGGCGUGCCCAUUGUGAAUUUCCAGCACUGCUAUUGAUGAUGCAUAGAGCUAGAAGUUAUUAAAAGUAAUUGUUGCUAUCAUAAAAGAGAUAUUUUAGAAAAUACAGAUACUUCAACUCAGCUAAAUGUACAAUUUGAUUUUGUGUUGUGUAUGUGAUUAAGGAGGUAAAAUGCCAUGCCUCUGAACUUGACUAAUGAUUGAAAUCCAUAUUUAUAAAGGUACUCCCAACUGCCAGACAGCACUCACAUUCUGUUUUCUUAUUAACUGAACUUGUGGGUUAUUUUGUGCAGUACAGCAGUUGGAGAUCCUGAGAUGUUAAUUUUAGUCCUGCUGCCAUUGCAAACUACAGUGGGCACUUUAUGGAACAAUAGGUUCAGAUCUCCAAAUCUUUGUGUCAAGCAGUUAUCACUAAAAGGCGACUUGCCUUGUAUGUGUAUUCAGUAGGCUGCCCCAGCGUGCAGUGGCUAACAUGGACAUUUUCUGGUUUUAUCACUUGGUAACUAGGACAUUUAAUGGAGAAUGAAAUGAAUAUUCUUUAAAGAGGCGUAGGCGUUCUGGAAUGUAGAACAUUCUCGUGCUGAAAUUGUUUACAUGAAAAUAAAGAUUACAUUUAUGACUUUGUAAUCUGCUAUGUGCAAUUUUGUACAUGUUUGUGUUAAACUAAGUUUAUAAGAUACUGUAUGUAUAAAUAAUUGACGGAGUAUUUGAUAUAAAUAUCAGAACAUUAAAAUGGCUUUAUAUUCAUAACAAU